CGUAGAAUGCGGGUGGGAAUAAAAACGUUAUUCUUCUCUCCUGGGUAUCCUAGUAAAAAUGGCCGAAUUAUGUUUGACAGUGUGACUUUUACACGUUAGUUAAGGAUACCUCAUGAGAAACAAAUGCUGCUAAUGUAAUAUUUUGUUGUCAGCGGGCGCCACAGCUUACAUUUCAUGCAUUAGGACCUUCCUCGGUUACAAACGGAGUUAUCAUCUCAUACAGUAACUGGCGUUCAUCCUUCUGCAGAGCGGGGGUCAGUGACUUUCUGAGGACCAGAACAGCAUCACACAAGACUUUACAAGGGAGGACAUCUGUAAGCAGUUGCCUUCAAAGAUGACAGACUAUCGGACAAGAGAUUUCAGGGCCCAGGUGGCCAUGGACUCAGUCCUGAGGACAGCGAUGAUAGAGAUAGCGAAGAUCUUUGAGAACACGCUACACGACCAUCAAAUGGAGCUGGCACAGAAAGGAGAAGAGAUACUUCAACUUAAAAUGAAGUUACAGAAAGCAGAGCUCAAGCUGAAAGAAAGUCAAAAUGACUGUCACACAAGAGCGGAGAAGGAUCAAAUUCAAGUUGUUGAAACACAAAGAGAGCCUGAGAACGCCUCCAAACAAACGUCUCAUGAUCCUGAGGUUGAUUUUGAAGUACCUGAUGACUGGUGUGCCCCUCUGGGCUACGAGAACUUGACCAAGCAAAACGAUGGCGUGUGUCCCAGCGUAAGACUGCGACGGCUGUCCAUCCCACUGUGGCACGUUCCGAUCAUCAAGAAAGAGGUGGUCAACCAUGACAUAGAGUCUCACCAGCCAACAAAGGCAGGCAGGAAAUCCAAGAGAGGUUCCUCAUUAAAGGAGAGCGACAAACCCACUCAGGACAAAAUCUCACCAACAACAACCGCCAGACGAUCACUAGUAAGAAAUGACAUGAAACGUUUGCUCCGAGAGAUCAAACAGGAAUAUUCUGGCUCAGCAGUCCCCACAGGUCAAAGAAGAAGAGGGCGAAAUUUAACAGGAAAAGAGCAAGAAAAUGUUACAAAGAGCAAAAACGAGGGAAGAAAAAACACAGCAACUGAGUCUGUGUCUAAACAAAAAGAGACGGUGCAAAAUGAUGGAAAAAUGUACACAUGUAAGUUUUGCUGUAAGGUGUUUGAUACAGAGUUUGGCCUAAAUGUACAUAUACGGUCACACAAGAAAUGCCGAGCAUGCAAAAAAGAGUUCCCUUUUCCAAGCGCUCUCAUUAAUCAUAAAAUAUCUUGCCGAAAACUCAAGAAAUCGUUUGCAAAAGAAUCUCAGUCAUGUGACCAAGAAAAACUGUCCACGCCGGGCAAAAAACAGGAAACUGUUAGGAAGGAAAGCACACCUUCCUCUGACAGCUGCAGUGCGUCAUCGAGAAGGCACAAAGAUCAAAUUACAUCAAAAGAGACAAACGGAGACCUCGGAUGGACCAAGCCUUUAGAGGAGCCUGAAGAAAACGGAGAGAGUUUGAUUGCUUCCAGCAAAGACACAAGCGGAGCAGCUAACUUUAACAAUGUUCAGAAAGAACACAGUUCAGACAAGAGGAAAAAAUGGCAAACAAUGGGCACACGGCGCCCCAAUGGUUACAGCUGCUUAACGUGUCUGAAGCUUGUGAAAAGCAAAGGCUUGUUGAUUGAACACUAUCGCAUCCACACAGGAGAGAAGCCCAUCAAAUGUGAGAAGUGCCCUAAAAAAUUUAAUUCCAGUGCGCAGCUAUACAAACACAGAAAAAGAUGCCGUAUUUCUCUGAAAAAGAUCCCGUGUCGGGAAUGUGGGAAGAUAUUCCCCACACCAAGGGAGUUAAAUAGGCAUGUGUUUGAUUUUCACAGGGACUGGCCUAAUAUCUGCCAGGAUUGUGGGAAAGGCUUCCUCACCGAGGGACGCCUCAAGAACCAUAUUCAACGUUUCCACAAGUAAGCUGGUAUGCAGUUAGCAUCUCCUGUCUAAAAAUAUUAGAUGUUGUUAUUUAUGCUCUUCCGGGUUGAUGGAUGGGUUUUCCUGAAUGCUACGGGUUUUUGAAUGACUCGUUUUACAUCACACUUUUACGCACAGAGGUAAAACAUGAGUGUGUCUGUCCAUGUACUGAGGGGUCCACCACCAAGUAUUCUUGUUCCACCAUCAUCACAUGUAACUUGUUUUAAAGUUUUACCCAGACAUUUCCUUAAAAGUGUUAAGGAUCUUUUCACAGAUUGGAUGAAGAAUGAUGUGUAUGGGGUGGGCAAUGGAUAAAAAUAAACACAUAUUGUGGUAAACUAAUAUUUUCCAGGAAAAUUCAAUGAAGAAAGCAUUGUUAGAAAAAAAAUAUGGGAAUGUGCAACUUUGUGAAAUACCUGGCAAAUCGGGGUACUUCAUCAUAUUCAAGACUUAGUUUAUUUUAAUUUUCUUGUGUACCUGCAUACAUAAAAAACAAAAUGCUCUUCUUUCCAGCCCACAGCAGUGCAA